UCUGCAUCACUCACUCUAUAUAUAUUCAUCAUUUACUCCCCCAAAUUCUUCAAAACCAACAAUGGAGAACAACAACAUGAUGUAUCUUCUCUCCCUCUUUCUUCUUCUUCUUGUUCCGACUGCUUUAACAACUACUCUUACUCUAGACAACCUUAGUUCCCCAUCAACUCUAGCAAAGCAGAUGAUCAGAGACUUCAAUUUGUUUCCGGAACGAUCCAUCAACAUCGUGGAAGACGAAGACGAUCAUGUUCUACGAUCUUCAUCUGGAGAGAAGAAGCUAGUUGAAAAGCGGUUUAAGUUUCCCAACUUUGUCGAUUUGGAUGGAGUCUCUGUUGAUGAUUUGGGUCAUCAUGCUGGGUAUUAUCCGAUCGAACACUCUCAUGCCGCUCGGAUGUUUUACUUUUUCUUCGAGUCGAGGGGCCGCAAAACAGAUCCUGUUGUGAUCUGGUUGACUGGAGGGCCUGGAUGCAGCAGUGAGCUUGCACUGUUUUAUGAAAAUGGUCCUUUUAAAAUUGCAAAGAACUCUUCUCUUGUCUGGAAUGAGUAUGGAUGGGAUCAGGCAUCCAACCUAUUGUUUGUUGACCAACCUACUGGAACCGGCUUUAGUUACAGCUCGGAUAAAAGAGACAUUCGCCACAAUGAACAGGGCGUGAGUGACGACUUAUACGACUUCUUGCAGGCCUUCUUCAAAGCGCAUCCUGAAUUUGCAAAAAAUGACUUCUAUAUAACCGGAGAAUCAUAUGCCGGACACUAUAUCCCUGCUUUUGCUGCUAGAGUCCAAGCAGGAAACAAAGCUAAGGAAGGAAUCCACAUAAACCUCAAGGGAUUCGCCAUCGGAAAUGGACUCACAGAUCCACUAGUUCAAUACAAGGCGUAUACCGAUUAUGCGCUGGAUAUGGGUAUAAUUAAGGACUCAGAUCAUAAAAACAUUAACAAGAGACUACCAGUGUGCGAGACGGCUAUUAAACUUUGCGGCACCGAUGGAACAGUCGCUUGUAUGGCUGCAUACUUGGCUUGCAACACCAUUUUUAGCUCAAUCAAAUCUAUCGCUGGCAAUAUCAAUCACUAUGACAUUAGAAAGCAGUGUGAGGGCAGCCUAUGCUACGACUUCUCAGACAUGGAGAAUCUCCUUAGCAAGAAAUCCGUUAAAGAAGCUCUCGGAGUUGGAGAUAUGGAUUUUGUUUCAUGUAGCCCCGUUGUGUAUCAGGCCAUGAUUAUGGAUUGGAUGAGAAAUCUCGAGGCUGGUAUUCCUCACCUUCUAGAGGAUGGGGUUAAGUUGCUUGUAUAUGCUGGAGAAUAUGAUCUUAUCUGCAACUGGCUCGGUAAUUCAAGAUGGGUUCAUGCAAUGGAAUGGAGUGGUCAGAAACAGUUUGGUGCAGCUCCUGAUGUUCCUUUUGAAGUUGAUGGUUCUGAAGCUGGCUUGUUCAAAACCCACGGCCCGCUCAGUUUUCUCAAGGUUCAUGAUGCUGGACAUAUGGUUCCGAUGGAUCAACCGAAGGCAGCUCUAAGCAUGUUAAAGAGGUGGACAAGGGGAUCACUUUCUGAAAGUGGAGCUGAGGCCGAAUCCGUUGUUUCUUCCAUGUGAUGUCUAAAGCCAGAUCGGUGGUGCGUCUAAGACUUGUAAAUUAUGUCUCUGGCUAGCAUAUUGGAUGGUUUCAUUUCAUGCUCUGUGGAAUGCUUAUUGGUUCUAUAUCAGUUGAUACUGUUGGGUAUUUUUGUGUUCAGCUGAACCAUAUGUAAACUGUACUGCUAUUUAUGAUCGUGAAAAAUACCAAAUUUGACAUUUUGUGGUUCA